AUGCUGCCGCAAAUCGCGAGCAAGGCGUGGUAUCAUGGCUAUGAUGCCUUCCGAAAGGUACCAGCGGAUCUUUCUGAGGCCACAACAAUCGGAGCCAGCAUGACCCUGCUGGCGAUGAUCACCUGUGUCGUUCUCUUCUGUUGCGAGACAUCUGCUUUCCUGACGGAUGCUCCGACCUCUCGGAUCGUUGUUGACAGCAACCAGGACGAGUUGCUGACCAUCAACUUUGAUGUGACGAUGCUGGACGUCGACUGCAGCCACUUGACAGUAGGUGUGUGGGAUGCCUUCGGAACGGAACGUUUUAACAUCACCAAGAACGUGCAGAAGCAGCGAGUUGAUCACAAGGGCACUCGAAAGGGACAGCCGUACAAGGAGGAAGAGCUAUUGGAGCUCGAGUUCAGUGAUCGCAGCUUCACUGCAGAGGAGCUUGCAGAGCUAGACUCCGAUUGGGGAUCAUCCAGUGACAAUUUCAAGCACAAUGAUUUCCAAGCUGUCAUUGAUGCCCACGACUUCACCAUGAUCAACUUCUAUGCCGACUGGUGCAGCCACUGCCGGAAUUUCGCUCCGACAUGGUUCGAUUUCGAGAAAUCCGUGAAUGAGCACAAAGUCACAGCCAAUGAUGCUGACGGCCAACCGGCGAGCGUUCACCUCCUGCGGCUGAAUUGUGUGGAUUUCCAGGACACGUGCAAGGAGCAGAUGAUUCGUGGUUUUCCGGCGGUCCGCUUGUACCGCAGGGGUGCCAAGAAAGGUGAGUUUGACGAGUACAUCGGCGAGCGCAAUGCAGAUGGGAUGACUAGAUGGAUGCAGUCGAUCGUUGCAAAACGUCACCUUCACACCGGUGCCACGUAUCACAGCAUCUUUUCCGAGGGCUGUCGUGUCGCUGGAUCCGUGAACGUGGCGCGGGUUCCUGGCACCGUCCACUUCCAGGUAGGGCAAUCGAAGGAGCGGGACAUCAAUCCCGCCUUCACGAACGUGUCACACACCGUGCAUCACUUCAGUUUCGGAGAGGCCCCUCGAGGAUUGAAGGCAUCCUUGCCUUCGCAGUACCGAUCACAUGUCAAUCCGCUCGACGGACAGACCUUCGUGGUGGACAAAUUUCACAAGGCCCCGAGUCAUUUCAUCAAGGUGGUGCACACACGGUUCGAAGACUCGGACCUUCGCAGCUACCAACAGACCCACCAGUGGAGUGUGCGAACAUUGCAGCGAGGAACAACUCCCCAGGCGAAGUUCUCCUUCGAUCUCUCACCCGUGGAGGUGGUUAUCGGUAAAGCCGACCGCAGAUGGUACGACUACAUCACACAGAUCUUCGCAAUCACCGGUGGCGCAUUCACAGUGAUGUCCCUUGCUGCCGGAGUCCUCAAAGCAUCGAGCGUCCAAAUAAAAAGUAUGCUGGACAAGGUCAGUUGA